AUGGAGAAGCUAUGUGGUGGUGGGUUCUUUCUGUUGUUUAUUUUUGCAACCGCAAAGUUCGGUUUCGGAGCCGAUAAUACGAGUUCCGGUUGCUUGGAACAAGAACGGGAUGCUCUUCUCCGGUUCAAAAACGGCCUUAUUUCAGACCCUACUAAUCGGCUAUCAUCUUGGGAUGGCGAUAACUGUUGCCAGUGGGCGGGUAUCGGAUGUGAUAACGUGACCGGACAUGUUACGAGGCUCGAUCUUGGAAUCAAUACUUCUGGUUCUAUCGAACAAUUGGAGGGAAACGGGUUAAAUUCUUCUUUGGCCGAGUUGACUCGGCUGAGUUACAUGGACUUAAGUGGGAACUAUUUUGGUAGCAACCCGGUUCCUGAGUUCAUCGGAUCCAUGACACAUCUCAGAUUUCUCAAUCUUUCUUCCUCGGGCUUUUCUGGCGUCAUUCCUCGUCAAAUCGGACAUCUAUCGGGUUUACGUGCUCUUGACCUCAGUGACAUGGAACUAGUUGUUGACGAUUUCAUAUGGGUUUCACGUCUUUUAUCACUCGAACAUCUUGAUCUGAGCGGAGUGAGGGUCGGUGAAGCUCAGAACUUUGAUAAGGUACUGUUCUACACGAUUCCUUCUUUACUAGAGUUACGUUUGUCGGGUUGUGAUCUCUCUAAUUCUCAUUUCAAUCGUACUCAUCUUGAUUCCAAUCUCACGCUUUCCGGAAUUCAAACGCUUGAUCUUAGUUCGAAUCUGUUUGAAGGUGAGUUCCCUCUCUUUUUACAAAACUUGACCUCCCUAAGAGCUCUAGAUCUUUCGACCAACAAAUUCAAUACUUCGAUUCCUGCCAUGAAAAACGUUACCAAACUCAACCUUGCUGGAAACAGAUUUCUGUGUAUUCGAGAUACGAACGUCUGGAGUUUCUGUCAGAUAAAGUGGUUAGAUCUAUCGUUCAACUAUAUGGAAGGGGGACUCGAUGGGCCAUCGACCAAUGUAUCCGAAUGCACCCGAUUUGGUUUAGAAACACUGAUUCUAAAUGACAACAAGUUUAGUGGUGAGAUCCCAACAUCUCUAGAAAAGCUUACUGACUUGAAAAGAUUGAACCUUGGUUAUAACCAGUUAACAGGAACCAUCCCAGAAUCUCUAGGAAAUUUAACAUCUUUGAGGGAAUUCGAUCUAUCUGGAAACCAAUUAACAGGUUCGAUUCCUGCGUCUUUUGGAAAUCUGAUGGAGUUGAGAAAACUAGAUUUAUCUUCGAACCUGUUAAAUGGGAGCAUUCCGUUCUCCCUUGGCCGACUCUCCAACCUAGAAAUCUUGUAUCUGAACUUCAAUAUGUUGUCUUCGAUACCUUUCUCGCUAGGAAAUCUCUCAGAACUCCAGUUUCUUGAUUUAUCUUCGAACUUAUUACAAGGGUCUCUUCCGGAUUCCAUUGGGCAACUCUCUAAACUUCAGUUUCUUGAUCUUUCAAACAAUUCUUUAGGCGGUGAAGUCACUGAAGCCCAUUUCGUCAACACAUCAACGUUAAAACACUUGGCCGCAACCUCCAACCAUAUGUUAAACUUCAAGAUUUCACCUAAUUGGAUGCCUCCUUUCCAAAUAAGUCACGUUCUACUCGGUUCUUGCAAAAUCGAAUCAGAAUUUCCUCCAUGGAUUCGAACACAAAGGAAUCUUGUUAUACUGAUUCUUUCCAACACUAGCAUCUAUGGACCUCUUCCAGAUUGGCUUCACGAGUUGCCUGUUAUCUCGAUCUUGGAUCUGUCCCACAACUUUCUCAACGGUCCACUGACAAACCUUCCAUCCAACAAAACAACCGAGCCAAUGAGGACUUUCCCCUUUAUUGAACGGUUAGCAGAUUAUGCUAGGGUAUCAAGAUUGUUGCUUCUUAAGAACAACCUCUUCAACGGGUCGAUUCCAGAUUCACUAUGUAAUGCUACAGAUUUAGUUAUUCUAGAUCUUUCUAGAAAUGUAUUAUCCGGGAACCUUCCACGUUGCUUCGAGAAUCUCCAGGAACUAAAUAUCAUGAUAUUAAGUUCCAAUAGAUUAUCUGGGGUCAUUCCAAGCUCUCUAGGCCAUCUUGGUUCUUCACUGCAAUGGUUACAUUUAAACAACAAUAGUUUCCAUGGAGAACUUCCGGCAACUCUAGCAAAUUGCACAAGCUUAGACGUCUUGGAUUUGGGUGAGAACAGAUUAUCUGGAAACAUACCCAAAUGGAUCGGAGAAAAGAUCAAGUUUCUAGUAGUUCUAAGGCGGGUUCGAGCAGAGUGUGAUCCAGGUAUGAGAGGAGUCUCCCUCGAGUAUACAACGAUAAUGAGGUAUGUAGUCAACAUGGAUCUUUCAAGCAAUAAACUGGUUGGCGAAAUACCUGAAGAAUUAACCAUUCUUUCGGGAUUAAUUGGUCUCAAUUUGUCACAUAAUCAUCUCACGGGUCGAAUCCCGGAUAGAAUUGGUGAUACGAAUUCACUUAUGUCUCUUGAUCUUUCUGUAAACAAUCUCUCCGGGAUGAUCCCUCGGAGUAUUUCAGAUUUGACGUUUCUUAGCAAUCUGAAUUUGUCAUACAACAACUUAUCGGGACGAAUUCCCACCGGAAAUCAACUCCAGACGCUCAUUGACCCAUCGAUCUAUGCCGGAAACGACGAGCUUUGUGGUAGUACAAUACCAAAGAAAUGCACCAGAGAUGAAGUAUCCCCAAAUGGAAGCAAUGCUGAGAAAGAUGAAGAUGACGGUGAUGAUCUUGAGCACAUAUGGAUUUACGCUACAGUAAGCGGUUUUACAACAGGGUUUAUGGGAAUCUUGGGUAUAUUGAUUGUUGAAAUCGUGAGACCAAGAACACAAUGCGCACCUGAGUUGUUCUCGUUGGUCGUCAGAGGCGCGAACUCCCGUCCCGAAGCAGGGUCGCAGAGAAAUCAGGGGGGCUACGGUACGUGCUUUGGUCGAGGCAUGAUGGCGUCGCCGGGGAGAAGGGACGGGAGACGGCCGGUCACCGGCGAAAGUCGUCGUGGGGCAGAAGAGGCAUAA